AUGUAUAAUGGAAUCCAACUCUUGGAAGACAGCAAAAAGGGAAUUUUCAAAGAAUUUCUUCGUUGGAGUGUCUGCCUCAGUUUCAUCCUCUUUCUGUGCUGUGCAGGGGGCCGGGAGAACAAGAUGCCUAUUCUCAUUUCCAAGAUCUUCAAAGGCUUGGCAGCUGACCAGACAGAGGCCCUCUUUGUUGGGGAUGCCAUCCUGUCCGUGAACGGGGAAGACCUUUCCUCUGCCACUCAUGACGAGGCGGUGCAGGUUCUGAAGAAGACAGGCAAAGAAGUGGUAUUGGAAGUCAAGUACAUGAAGGAAGUCUCACCAUAUUUCAAGAACUCUGCCAGCGGGACCUCGGUUGGCUGGGACUCGCCUCCUGCCUCACCCCUUCAGCGGCAGCCUUCCUCCCCUGGUCCCCCACCCCGAGACUUCAACGGUGCUAAACACAUGUCCUUGAAGAUGGCAUAUAUCUCGAGAAGGUGUACCCCCAGUGACCCAGAGCCCAGGUAUCUGGAGAUCUGUUCGGCAGAUGGUCAAGACACCCUCUUCCUGAGGGCCACGGAGGAGGCUAGUGCAAGGUCGUGGACAGCUGCCAUCCAAGCCCAAAUCAAUGCUCUAAUGCCCUGGGUCAAGGACGAGCUGCAGGCACUGCUGGCAGCUACCAGCACAGCUGGAAGCCAGGACAUCAAGCAGAUCGGCUGGCUGACUGAGCAGCUGCCCAAUGGGGGCACAGCACCCACCUUGGCCCUGCUGACUGAAAAGGAGCUGCUCCUCUACAGCUGUCUCCCCCAGACCCGUGAGGCCCUGAGCCGGCCAGCCCAGACUGCCCCACUCAUCACCACCAGGCUGGUGCACUCAGGCCCUUCCAAGGGCUCGGUGCCCUACGACGCAGAGCUCUCCUUUGCCCUGCGCACGGGCACACGCCACGGUGUGGACACGCACCUGUUCAGCGUGGAGUCACCGCAGGAGCUGGCUGCCUGGACCCGCCAGCUGGUGGAUGGCUGUCACCGGGCCGCUGAGGGUGUGCAGGAGGUGUCUACAGCCUGCACGUGGAACGGCCGUCCCUGCAACCUCUCUGUGCACAUUGACAAGGGCUUCACACUGUGGGCAGCUGAGCCAGGUGCGGCCCAAGCUGUGCUGCUCCGACAGCCCUUUGAGAAGCUGCAGAUGUCCUCGGACGAUGGUGCCAGUCUCCUGUUCCUGGACUUCGGGGGUGCUGAAGGAGAGAUUCAGCUGGACCUGCAUUCGUGCCCCAAAACCAUGGUCUUCAUCAUCCACUCCUUCCUCUCGGCCAAAGUCACCCGCCUGGGGCUCUUGGCCUAGAGGUCGCCAGAUGCACUAGCCCCAAGGAGGGGGUGUCCACCCCAUGGCCUGACCUGGCCCUCCACUGACUGCCUGCUCAACACUGGGCUGAGGAAAAGGAGAGGAAAGGAACAAGGGUGCAGAGAGACCCAGCCCCUGAGGAGGCUGGGAUAGUCUUGGGGACUGGGACCCAGAUUCAGGACAGUGGAUCCUGCUGUGAUGGGGUAGUUUCCCUGUUGCCCCUGCCCCAUCUCCCCACCAGUGCCUUUGCAGAGAGAUAUUUUGUGUACACAGAAGCCAUUCCAAGCCUGGGACUGCCCCUGUGGGGAUCCUGACCCCAGCCAGCAACUGCCAAGCCUCCUAGAGGCCCCAAAGCCACCCCAGAGGCCCCAUCUGAAGCUGGAGUUCCCUGGAGUCUGAAGCAAGAGAAAGAGGAGCCUUUCUGUUCAUUUCUACCCUCAGCUCCACCACCUUGGGGCAUGUGGUUUCCCCUUCAUCUUCUCUUUCCUCCUUGUUCUUGGACAAAUAAACAACCUGUGAGCACAUAGGCAGCCUGA